CUCUCAAUCAUCCCGCUUUGCUCUGUCUUCCUCUCUGCUUAAGCAGGCGUGGUCUCUGGUUUUCAUUACACAGGCUCACUCUCCCUCUCUCUCUCUCUCUCUCUCUCUCUCUCUCUCUCUCUCUCUCUCUUUCUUUUAAGGCAUCAAAGAACCCAUCCAAAGCCCCAUGCCUGCUUUGUUUCUUUCUUCUUUUAACCUCUCACAGCUACUACUAGACACAGUGAUCAUGCUCAAAGCAGAGAGUGUUUCAUUAUUGAGUAUCAACCUCCUCUGUCGUCUCUGACGUCUCUGUUUCACUUCUCUUUAGUCUUUACCAUCUCUAGCAGACAAAACCGAGCGAGCUUCAUAAUUGAACAUCAUUGUUAAACCCAACACUCUGUUUCUCAUUCCUGUACUUUGCUCUGCAUUCAGUUUCUAUAAAUAGAUAUGGAGAGGUGGGAUCACAAAUCACAACGAGAAACUCGACACAGUAAACACCGUAGAGAAAACCCUUCUUUCUCUUCGUCUCUGCUGGACUCUAUUUACCGCUCAAUCGACGAAGGCGAACAGAUUGGAGCUCGGAGAGAAGGAGAGCUCAUAUUUUACAAGGAAUCCAUGAGGAAGAAACAGAGCGGUAGUGUUUCUUCUAAUGGCGUCAAAGCAGAGGAGGAGAUCAUGAGUCUCCGGCGAGCCUGCUUGAUAGAGAAAUGGAUGGAGAAGAAAGCUGCGGUGGCUGACAAAGUCGUGGUUCGAAGAAAUUCAAUGGCGGAUUUCGACAGGAGGUUCUUGAAUUCGAGCUCCAGCUCUUCGGAUUCGAGUUGCGGAGGUGGGUUUUCUUCGUCGGAGUCAGACUCCAUGUACGGGUCGAGAUCGAGGUCCUCAUCUUCAUGCUACAGCAUGCCGAGGCCCAAACCCAUCCGGACCAGCCUCUCAUCGUCCCGACCUGAAACCCAUCAGAAGCCGAAGCAAGAAAACGGGUUCGUGAAGACGAAAUCCAAGGCGCUGAAGAUUUACGGCGACUUGAAGAAAGUGAAGCAGCCAAUCUCACCGGGUGGAAAACUCGCCAGUUUUCUCAAUUCCAUUUUCAACAGCGGAAACGGAAAGAAGCACAAGAUUAACAUCGACGACUUGGGUUCCGACAGGAACUCGAAAUCGACAAACGGGUCGAACUGUUCUUCUGCUUCUUCGUUUUCAAGGUCCUGUUUGCGCAAAACUUCUGUUUCUAGAGGUGAACUCAGCAAUGGCGGUGGUGACAGUGCGAAAAGGUCAGUGAGGUUUUAUCCGGUGAGCGUGAUCGUGGACGAGGACUGCCGGCCGUGCGGGCACAAAACUCUUGAAGAGAUGAAGAGGAGUUCUGCACUUGACUGUUUUGUUAUGGAUGAAGAUGAUCAUCGUCGCCAAGUUGAGGAAGUAGCCAGAAGCUACUUGAUGAAGAACUACCAGAAGAAGACUCAUGAUGAGGAAAUGGAUGAGGAUGAGGACGAUGAUGCAGCGAGCUAUGCGAGUUCUGAUCUGUUCGAGUUGGACACUGUUGGAGUUGAAGAAAGGUACCGUGAAGAAUUACCGGUGUAUGAAACUACGUAUCUCGACAGAAAUCGAGCCAUUGCUAAUGGUUUGAUUUUGUAAUUUCAGAAGCAAAAAAAAAAAGGAAAAAAGAAAAGAAAAGAGGGAGGUUGGUGAAAAUUUUAUUAGCUUUUUGAAGUAAAUGUGCUUUGGGGGUUUACAUCAGAAAAUUAAUAAUAUUAGUUUCCCUUUCUUGUAGUGCUAA